GGGCACCGCGGUAUAUGAGCCGCGGGUCGGCACGGAGCUCCCAUUGCUCUCCGGACCGCGAGGGCCCAACGACUUCAGCUGCCAGCCUCCGACGACACCAUGAGCUCCUACACCUCCGACUCGGCCGUCACCUCCAUCUACCGCCGCCAUUUCGGUGAGGCCCUCAAGUACCGGCCGAGCUACGAGAUGCCGGGCUACCGCGCGGGCUCGGCCUACGGCGGGGCGCGCUCCGCCUCCGCCGCGUCCACCUACGGCGCGCUGCCGCGCCGCGCCGGCCACACGCGCUUCUCCGCCGGCUACUCCCUGGGCGCCUCCUCGUCCAUAGACACGGUGGACCUGUCGCAGGCCGAGAGCGUCGGCAUCGAGCUGCGGCAGGUGCGGCGGCACGAGAAGGAGCAGCUCCAGGGCCUCAAUGACCGCUUCGCCGGCUUCAUCGAGCGCGUGCACGAGCUGGAGCAGCAGAACAAGGUGCUGGAGGCCGAGCUGAUGAUCCUGCGCCAGAAAGAGGAGAAGCCGUCCAACGUCAAGCGACUGUACGAGCAGGAGAUCGCCGAGCUGCGCGCCCUUGCCGAGGAGUGCCGCGGCGAGUGCGCCGGCGCCGGGGGCGCCCGCGAGCAGGCGGAGGUGGUGCUGGCGGCGUUGCGUGACAAGCACGAGGAGGAGCGCCGGCGGCGCGAGGAGUCGGAGGCGGCGCUGGACGAGGCGAGGAAGGCGGCGGACGAAGAGGCGGCGCGGCGCGCGGCCCUCGAGCAGAAGCUGGGCUCCCUGCUCGACGAGAUUGGCUUCCUGAAGCGCGUGCAGCGCGAGGAGAUCUCCGAGCUGCAGGCACAGAUCCAGAGUGCCCACAUCACCGUGGAGAUGGGCGCAUCGCAGCCAGACCUCACGUCGGCGCUGCGGGAGAUCCGCUCGCAGUACGAGGUGCUCGCCGCCAAGAACAUGCAGGUGGCUGAGGAGUGGUUCAAGAGCAAGUUCACGGCACUGUCGGACACGGCGAGCCGCAACACCGAGGCCAUGCACGUGACGCGCGAGGAGCUCUCCGAGUUCCGUCGCCACGUGCAGCACCGCACGCUGGAGGCCGAGGCGCUCAAGGACAUCAUCGAGUCGCUGGAGAAGCAGAUCCAGGAGCACGACGCGCGGCACCAGGGAGAGAUCGAGGCCCUGCAGGAGGGCAUCGCCGAGCUGGAGACGGAGCUGCAGUCCGCCAAGAGCGAGAUGUCGCGCUACCUGAGGGACUAUCAGGACCUCCUCAACGUCAAGAUGGCACUCGACAUCGAGAUCGCGGCCUACCGGAAACUGCUGGAGGGCGAGGAGUCCCGGUUGGUCACCGCCAAGUCACCGGCGAUGCUCAUGAGCGGCGGCGGCGGUGGCGGCGGCGGUGGCUUCCUUCAGCAGUUGCGCCCGGCGCGCACCUCCAUGCAGAUGCCCUCCAAGUACCUGGGCCUCUACGACUUCUACGGAGGCUUCCCUCUCCGCGGCGACGAGGGCGGUGACAGCUUCGAGUCUUUCGUCUUCUCCAAGCGCAAGGGCAACUAGCCGCCGGCGUCACCAUUGGCGUCCGUGCGAGAACCGGCCCCUCGGUUACCCACGACCCCCCCCCUCCACACCGGGCAGGGCUUGCGUUUGGCAGUAUGGCCGUGCCGGUCCGGCUCCGUCCCGGAUCUUGUCGUGUCGAGACCUCGCCACGCCGAACCCCGAAAUACUCCCCGCCCCCCCCCCCCCCCCCCCCAUGCUCAAUGCCAACGUCGCUCGCGGUGCUCGUACGCUGCCCGGUCGUCCGCUCCUCCACCCGUCCACACCCACGACUGUGCCAGGACCCCCAACUUAGAGGGUGGAGGUGCCCAAAAAUGUACGAGAAUCUUCACUCGUCAAUUGGCGAGCGUACGAUCCGGCGAUUUCUGGUUCGCGUAACGAAAUGCUCGUGGGGCUAGAGCAUCGUGCAGUUUACGAUGCCAGUGUUCAGCCAUGCCCUCCACCGCCCGACAGAACCAAUCGAGAUGUCAUAUGGGGAUAAUCAGAGCCGCCACCCCAUUCGGUUUGUUGGUAAAACCGGUGGGGGGGAGGAAGGUCGAAAAGUGAGCCAACUCGGUGUACGUGUGCAGCCUACACGUACAACGACGUCUGUAUAUUACAGUGAUGGAAAUAAGCAAUGGUAUGAAGCAAUACGAAUAAUAACAAUGAUUAAUUACUGGCAUUCUAGGGAAGUAAUCGUAACAAUGAAGACGUAUUUGAGAUGUUUGCCCAACACUGGUUGUUGCAUCGAAUGUUUGAACGGAAAUUCCCCUGCUGAGCAUCACGUGUCGGGCGCAGCACGAUGUGAACUGCAAUUGUGAAACAAGACUUGACCUGGCUCUCUGUCCCGAACCAAAAUUGGCCAAAGGCGUGUGCCCUGGGCCUAGGCGAGAGCUCCUCCACGCUCCCCCUCCACGCCCCCCCCCUCCUGCAGAGCUUGGUUCACCGCCCACUCACCCUCUCGCUCGCUCUCUCGCUUACCAACUCGCUCACUCUCUUGCUCACCUUCUCGCUCUCUCACCCUCUUGCUCGCUCUCUCGCUCGCUCUCUCGCUCACCAACUCGCUCGCUCUCUCGCUCACCAACUCGCUCGCUCACCCUCUCACUCGCUCUCUCACUCACCAACUCGCUCGCCCUCUCACUCGCUCCCCUCUCGCUCGCUCUCUCGCUCAUCAACUCGCUCGCUCUCUCGCUCACCAACUCGCUCGCUCACCCUCUAACUCGCUCUCUCACUCACCAACUCGCUCGCCCUCUCACUCGCUCCCCUCUCGCUGGCUCUCUCGCUCACCCUCUCACUCGCCCUCUUGCUCACCCUCUCGCUCGCUCACCAACUCGUUCACCCUCUCACUCUCUCUCACCCUCUCACUCUCUCUCACUCACCCUCUCGCUCGCUCUCUCACUCACCAACUCGCUCGCUCUCUCGCUCACCCUCUUGCUCGCUCACCCCCUCGUCCACUCGCUCGCUGUGAACGCAUCUCCACGACAAAACUAGGGACCGAGAUCGGCAAAACCGAGGCUGUUGCAAAGCCGGGCGCCGCGCGAUCGGUGAUGGGAAUCUCUCUGCCACAGGCGCAGGGACGGAUAAACGCCACGGACUGCCACCAACGACACUGGUGCAAAUCGUGCCGCUGCUCGUCGCACGGGGCCCACGGUUGGUUGGGUCUACUCGGCCGCACCGUCGGCUCUCGCUGCGAUUUGACGCCGUCGUCACGGACGCCGAGGGAGAGAGAUAUAUAGACGACGCAACUUUGAGGUGCGGUGCAACGCCUCUUCUGGCGCGAUCUCGGUGCAUAGUUUCGUCGACGCGACGACGGGUGGCAAGCCCCUGGGGGUUGCUCAGCCGCUCGGGCGGUGCGGGGUGGUGGCUUCGGCGUGCGUCGGGAUUGUCGUCGCGAUCGUAGCAAGCGGAGCAAUCGUAGCGAACGAAUCCACGUCGUGUCCUCGUCGUGCGAGUGUGCCGCUUGGCGUUGGCGUUGCGGCACGGGAAAUGCAGCCCGAGUCUGAAUGAACGAAUAAAAACUUCGCUAUCGCAACAAAACCA